AUCGCCACAACCCGCAUAACACCCUUGAGCUCGCAGCAGCGCACACAGCAGCCAAUAUGAGCAUGUUCCAGUGGUUCCAGGAUGUGGCAGACGCCGAGCAAGAGAAGCGGGAGGCCAUCAAGGAUGUGGUGAAGACCAUUGAGCCGAAGAUGCGCGAGAUCGAGCGCGCCCUGCAACAGUGCCAUCACCUCCCUGCCGACAAAGUUGGAGUGUGCACGGCCGAGGCAGCCAAGGGGUUUGAGGCCAUGAAGGCGCUGUAUGCGCAGCUUGCGGAGAAGGUGCCGCCUGGCGAGUACUACCGCUACAACAUGCACUGGCGCUGGGUGACACAGCAGACCGUGUACCUUGCUGCCCUCAUGACCUUCCUCAACGACGGCAGCGUCAUCCAGCUCCAGGAUAUCCAGAACCUUCUCGGAGUCACGUCCAACGACCCCGCAGACUUCCACAUUGACGUUGAAGACUACCUGAUGGGACUGUGCAGCCUGCCAUCUGAGCUGACGCGCCUGGCCACCAACUGCGUGACCAUGGGCGACUUUGAGCGACCGGUCACCAUCUCCCGUUUCAUCUCCAACCUCUACGACGCAUUCAAGCUCCUCAACCUCAAGAACGACUCCCUCCGCAGGAAGUUUGAUUCCCUGAAGUACGAUGUGAAGAAUGUGGAGCAAGUUGUGUAUGAUCUCAGCAUCCGAGGCCUCGCCAAAGCGAAACCAGACCAGCCCCAGUAGCCGCACCGCACUGCGAGGCGUGGGAUGUGGUGUGUGACGUGAUGUGUGUGUGUGUGUGAAUGAUAGAUGUGUGCGCGUGUGUGCAUGAUAGAUGUGUGUGCGCGCGUUAAGCUCUUGCUGGCUGUUAAGAUGUGAUCUGUGGUUCCUUGUCUGAGUUCAUUCAGUUUGCGGUUGUUUUGGGUGUGUUUGUGCAAGUAAAAGAUAAUGCCAC